AUGGCGGCCACAGUGAGCGAGUCGUCACCCUUGCUGCCACAGCAUGCGUCUCCCAGCGAGUCGCCAUCACGUCCCGCUCUACGCAAUCAACGGACGGUCACGUUUAAUCCAUUGACAUCUGUAAGCACGCAAUCUGGCGGCACCUCCUCCGCAGCUCUCAGACCCGUCCAGAGUCCGUCGGCGGCCUUGACCGGUUCCACCACCCAGGCAGUUCGAGAUCAACCGCCCAUGCUGAGUGCAUUCAACUCGAAACUGCGCAGAAGAAAUAGCCACGGCGCCCCUCUCCCAACCACGCAGCCCUUUACUGCAGCUCCCAGAGCAGGUGCUCAGAGGACCACCAAAACCACAGAGAAACUCAAGAUUCUCCCGAAUCCGGAUAUAGGUGAGGAAGAACGAGAUGAGGAGAGUGGCAGAGAUGUGUAUGCCCAGUUCACCCGGAUAAAGGACCCUACGGCCAGGAGGGAUGCGGCGAGGUUGGGGAAAGCGGAUCGCGAUCGAUUGCCGCGAGUGACGGCAUACUGUGUGGCACAGGGAUAUCGGCUCGAUGGGAUCAUGAAGUUCAUGAAGUCGAGGUCGCGGACGAGAGGUGCCAACCCCAAGCUAUUCGACGAGUGUCUUUACAGCCCUUACGACUACGACUACGUCAAGAAGAACAAAGGAGACAGGAGUUCAAGUCCGGUAGAGGAGAGGAUCGCAAGAGUCAUGGCGUCGCCGAGAAUAAGCCCCCGGGAGAGGCGCUUUUCGGACAGUGCGGUAGAGGUGGAAGACAACAACAAAACCCGACGAGAUCACCUCAUUGAUCUGCAAGAGGAACUGGAUACAUCGACAGGCAUUGCUGCGACAACGGAAAACACAACGACUGAUCUGAGUGCCGUUGCCAGCCAUUCUUCCAUCGACCUCGGCCAAGCCGAAAGUGAUGUGAUCCGCCCACGGGCGGAUUCGGAAUUCUCUACCACCGUCCAUACCCCCGAGAUCUUCAUCUUCGACUACGGCACUGUCGUCAUCUGGGGUAUGACCGUUCAGCAAGAGCAACGAUUUCUCAAUGACAUGUCCAAGUUCAGUGAUGCGCCUUUACCGACCGAAUCUGUCCAGACCGAGAACUUCAACUUCUACUACACGAAGGAAUACCAGGCGCGGAUAUACAACGAUUUCAUUUCCCUGCGAGAACCACGGAACCAUAUGACCAAACUGGCCAUUUCGCACGCCCUGUCCCAAUCCGUCAAGACGAGUCUAUUUGAGGACCUUGUCAGUGAGACCAUCGAGACAACCGCACCACUACCGGCCCUCAUCGCCCAGACUGGCAGUGUCAACUUGACCAGACGCCAACUGAACAUGCAAAUUGGGGAACUGUUCAUCCUGCGGAUCAAUAUCCAUCUGCAAGGCUCUGUCUUGGAUUCACCCGAGUUAAUGUGGUCCGAACCGCACUUGGAACCCGUAUACGCCGCUGUCAGGAGUUAUCUGGAGAUUGAACAACGCGUUGGAUUGUUGACAGAGCGACUGGACGUUAUUGCUGACCUGCUUGCUGUCCUGAGAGAACAAGGCAGCAGACGACAUGGUGAAGUGCUGGAAUGGAUUGUUAUCAUUCUCAUUGCUGCGGAAAUCUUGGUGGCCGCCAUCAAUAUCGUCGUCGACCUCUACGCCGGCAUUGAUUGA